CUUCUUGCACACCCUUCUCCAGUGGUCCCCGAGACGGAUCUCUAACAGCCUACCUCUCUGGAACCUCGAUUGAAUCGACGAUUGUUUGCCUACAGUCUUUACCGCCAGUCAGUUUCGAGCAUUGUCAGCUAGCUCCUAAACAUCUUUAUGAUCUGCGAGUAGGACGAACCUCUAGACCUACUCCGCCAACUACCCCAAGGAAUCACCACAGACGAACUUGACCAUCGAACCUCUCUCACCGCAGCUUAACGACCCGAGCUUCGAACUGGUUUUUAUGGCAUCGUGGGUGUCUGGACACUCAGGAUAUUCUCGGAAACAACUACAUACAUAUCCCAGUCUGCAGUCUUGGCUCACACUCAUACCAACUCGCUUCUCUGACCGCUGGUUGACGUCGAGCCGCAUCAUAUGUAUUCGUAAUAAGAACAGCAUCGAUGGUGUGGUUGGAGUGCCAAUUAGGAGACCAAGAUGGCAGAUAUGGGCAGAGCGUCGAGCUUCUUGCCGGCAAUAAAAUGUUCUAUGUGCGCUAGAGAAAUCGAAAUCUCCCAGAUGGGGGAUCAUGUAUGCGGUGGCUCAGGAGAGCCAACUCCUCCACUGGAUUCGAAUAGUAACUUUUCCAGCAUGCCAUACAAAUCAAAUCCGACAAAUGGCCCCAGCUACUUGAAGCCGGGACGGACGAUGCCUCCCAGAGUGGACACUUCAGCUGCGAACCGUACAUUCUUCCGACAGGAGGAAUUGACGCCAGUGAGCUUGUCGCCAUCUCGAAGUGUGUCCCCAAUGACUCCAAGUGAUGGACGUCAAUCACCGCUCGGAAAACCUAUACGCAGUGCUACCAGACCAUUACAAAGACGUCCGCCGUCUCCCGAGCUGCUCUCUUCGAAUUUAGACUCACCCUUUCCACCUUUCCCACCUGCGAAGUCAUCAGCGCAAACGUCGCAAUCAAGGGGAGGAUAUGGUGGGAUGGGAAAUAAUAGGUUUGCGGAGGCGGAUCCGAAGUACGUUCCCGUAAGUCCACGGACGGUAACUGAUGGUGGACUACUGCAACGAAUGAACACAAUUGCUCCUGGUCCUUUUGAUCCCAAUCGUCGGGGAAGACCGAGCGAAUCGGGAUCUGACAGGAGUCACAAAAGAGAAGGAACUAUUGGGAGUCUGAGGGAUAUGACAAUGUCAUCGGCUACAAGUGAGGUUGGCGCAAGCAUUCGACGUCCUUCUACAGCUGGGCCUGGCCAUUCUCGAACCUCAACAAGUAGUUCCAAUGGGUCAAAAAAUGCGAUCCCACCUCCCAGAGCCCCAAGAAAUAAUGGUUAUGGGGGAUUUGGACCACCGCCAGGCGCCUUCGAUCCGGAACCUAUUACCGCUGACAGCAGAUCUCAAACCUUCCCGUUAAGGAGCGACGGUACGCAAGCCUCAAUGAGAAGGCCAUCUGAGCCAGGACCGGGGCCACGAAUGCGGAGACCAUCGAAUGAAAGCCAUAAGGAGACAAUGGAUGAGCGGUCGAUCAGCAGGUCUCCCUCGAGCUCAAGGGGCCGAAAACAGUCAAUUUCUGGUCCAGAUACUUCAAGACCUCCUCCACCUCGAGCACCAAGCUUGAUCAGACCAAGGGUAGACGGGCGACUUGAUGAUGCGCCGCCUGUCCCUGCAAACAUUAAUCUCGCUGCCGAGUUUGGAAUUGGCAAUCCGUACCACACACCUUCAGAAUCCCAAUCUUCGAAUGCGUCGGGCUCGAGCAAUGCCAGCAAAGCGAGCUCGACCUCGAGUCCGCCCCUAUCUGCAGGCCCAAAGCAAUCACGGCGACGGCCAUCCGAUACACCAAAAGUGGACGUAUUGAUGGUUGACUUACAGUCUUCAAUGGCUCAACUGGACCCUAGAGAGGUCCGAACGUCGCCGCCCCGGAAUAGACAAUAUGCGCCCGGACUUCAGCCACCAAACAAUCCAUUCAUGCCCUCCCCAGAAUCACCCAUGGACCCGGCAAUUCAAGGUGGUCGUCUGUCCCCAUCUCCAUCACGCAAUGCAGAGCGCCUACGGACAGCACCCGAGAAUAAGCCCGCGCGCCGUCCUACAACAGCAAAGGGGAACUGCAAAGGCUGCGGCGAACCAAUCAAGGGACCAUCAGUAAAGUCUGCAGACGGGCGCCUGACAGGACGCUACCACAAACAAUGCUUCAUGUGCAAGACGUGCAGCGAGCCCUUCCGAACUUCGACCUUUUACGUGAUCAACGAUGCUCCAUAUUGCGAGCAUCACUACCACAAGCUCAACGGCAGCAUCUGCAGUACCUGCAACCGCGGCAUCGAAGGGCAAUGCCUCGAGGCGGAGGGCAAGCAGAAAUUCCAUCCACAAUGUCUGACGUGCGCGGACUGCAAAAGAAGCUUACGAGGCGACUAUUUUGAGAUGAAUGGUAGGGUAUACUGCGAACGAGAUGCGUUCAGGAAAGCGCAACAAAGCAGGUUCCUCGGACCGGGGAGUGCAAGCGGAGGAAGCAAUCGGAUGGAACGACGCACAACAAGAUUAAUGAUGAUGGCGUGAGCCGAGCCUUCACACCCUCAACACAACAAAACACAACACUACGGAAAAGAAACCAGCAAGUCUUUUUUAACGACAGGGUC